AUGUUGGCCUUGAGCUUCGUGCAGUCCGGCUUGCUCCUGUUGCUUCAUGGCUUGUCGCGGGCAGAGCUUGCCCCGCCAGUGCUGGAAGCUGCCAGUCCAGAUUCGUCCUUGUCCUUGAGAGGAUUGGGCCGCAUAGACGCCCUGCUUUCUGCAUCCGACUUCACAUCUACUGGCUUAGCUUUAUUGCUUCAAGGCUUGAGCCACAUUGGUUUUGCACUGCUUGCCUCAGACGUGGUCAGCUUAGAGUCCUCUCUGUCAUCACGUGGCUGUGCACGUUGUGGAUUUGCUUCGCUCGUUCUGGAUUCUGUGCAGUCUGGACUAUUGCUGCUGUCGCGAGGUAUGGCGUGUGCAGGAACACUUGUGCUAGCUACGGGCCCUGCUUUCACGGGCUCGUCACUGUUGCUGCAGCAAGUUGCCUGCCUUGGCGCGCUCCUGCCCACCAUUGGCACCUCACGUUCGGAUUCGCUUCUUUCAGUUUGUGGCGUUGCCAGUUUGGGUUUCUUGCCGUUGCCGCAAGGUGCUGCUUGCUCGGAAGCUAUGCCACUGGUGUCUGACUGUACAAACUCAGAUCUUCCGUUGUCAGCGCAAGGAUGUGCCAAGGCAGGAUUGAUCCUGCUUGCUCUGGACUUGGUAGCUUUUGGCCUAUUCCUGUCAUUGCGAACCACCACUUGGUUGGGCUUGGGCUUGUUGGUGGUUGGCGCAGUGCGAAUGGAGUUUGUGCUGCCAGCUCUAGGCACGGGCAGCUUUGGAUUCUUAUCAUUGCCCCGGGGAAUUUCCAGGAUUGAUUUGGCCACGUUUGUGCCGAGCAGCAUGCACCUGGGGCUUCCGCCUUCGCUGCACG